AUUUUCGACUAAUAAAUGAUUUCAUUAUCAACAAAAAUGGACAGCUAAGAAAAAGAAGUCACUACAAAACCCUCUCUUUUUUGUUGGUUCCAUCACUCACUCACUCACUCGAAUGCUACUCCUCUCACUUUCUCCCAAUCCCAUUCCUCAGGUGUGUUAGAACAAACAAUUGUAACCGAAUUGCAAUUUUCACAUAUUAAAUUUCACUUUUUUUCUCUUAAUUGAUACAUUAAUUACAACUCAUGAGUUUAGAUACUGUAACAAUGGCAACAUGUUUUGCACCUGCGAAUUCUCGAAAUUCAGCAGGGGUGUUAGCUGUUAAUGGAGGAAGAAAACUGUUAGAGAAUCGACAAAUUAAUAAACCGUUUUUCGUGAAAAUUCACGAAAACAAGUUUGGAUUUUUGAGUGGUAACAGAAAAUGCGGUUUGUUUCAAGUGAAGUCUGCUGGUUUACCGAAUUCGCAUAGUGUGACUCCUUAUCAUCAUAGCAAAGACCCUUUUUUGGAUCUUCAUCCUGAGAUUUCGAUGCUUAGAGGAGAAGGAAGUGGUGCAUUGAAUAACCCGAAUAGACUGAGAAAGGAUACGUCGGGUGGAGAUGUGGAUGAAGAAUUGGAAGACACUUCUAUUCCAAGUAAUUAUAAUGAAGCGAAGAUAAAAGUUAUUGGUGUUGGUGGUGGUGGGUCGAAUGCAGUCAAUCGUAUGAUUGAGAGUUCUAUGAAUGGUGUGGAGUUUUGGAUUGUUAAUACUGAUGUUCAGGCGAUGAGGAUGUCGCCUGUCAAUUCUGAGAACCGAUUGCCAAUUGGUCAAGAGCUUACACGGGGUCUUGGUGCCGGUGGUAACCCGGAGAUUGGUAUGAAUGCUGCCAAAGAAAGUAAAGAAUCAAUACAAGAGGCGGUUUAUGGAGCUGAUAUGGUCUUUGUUACUGCUGGAAUGGGCGGAGGAACUGGCACUGGUGCAGCUCCAGUUAUUGCUGGUAUCACAAAGUCAAUGGGUAUACUAACUGUUGGUAUUGUCACAACCCCUUUCUCGUUUGAAGGACGGAGGAGGGCAGUUCAAGCACAAGAAGGAAUUGCAGCCUUAAGAGAUAAUGUCGAUACCCUGAUAGUUAUUCCAAAUGACAAGUUGCUGACUGCAGUUUCUCAGUCUACCCCUGUAACUGAAGCAUUCAAUCUGGCUGAUGAUAUUCUUCGACAAGGUGUUCGUGGUAUUUCUGAUAUUAUUACGAUACCCGGGUUGGUGAAUGUUGAUUUUGCCGAUGUUAGAGCUAUAAUGGCCAAUGCAGGUUCUUCACUUAUGGGGAUAGGAACUGCAACUGGGAAAACGAGGGCAAGAGAUGCUGCAUUAAAUGCUAUCCAGUCACCCUUACUAGAUAUUGGUAUAGAGAGGGCCACUGGAAUUGUAUGGAACAUAACUGGUGGAAGUGAUCUGACCUUGUUUGAGGUAAAUGCCGCAGCAGAAGUUAUAUACGACCUUGUGGAUCCUACUGCUAAUUUAAUAUUUGGAGCAGUAAUAGAUCCAUCGCUCAGUGGUCAAGUGAGCAUAACAUUGAUUGCCACGGGAUUCAAGCGUCAGGAGGAAAGUGAAGCGAGACCCGUACAGACCAGUCAACUCUCACAAGGAGAUACCAUUGCCAGUCGACGAUCUUCCACUUUCACUGAUGGUGGUUUGGUUGAGAUACCAGAGUUCUUAAAGAAGAAAGGUCGCUUACGCUAUCCAAGAGCUUAAUACUCUUUUCCCCAACUUUAUUUCCUUGCAUUUCUUUACCACUGCAUCGAUUUUAGGGAUAGAGAUUGGUCUAGGUUUUUGCCCUCUAUAGCAAAUGAAAGCUAAGUACUUUCCAAACUUGUGUGUGUUUUGAGGCUUUUUGACAUAUGUGUGAACAAGUAAGUUAGCUUAUAUUAUUGUACAGUGAAUAGUAAUGAUGGCCAGGACUUGUUAUAGUCAUAGAUGUUUGUUACCUUCUUCAAGUAAGCUACUGGUUUUUAAAGUAAAUAAGAAUUCUUGAACUUUCUUC